UCUUUCCGCAGAAAAAUUACUUCUCGAAACAUUCUUACGUUUACUGUUGAUAAUUAGGUUACUCGUUACGUACCAUGGGGAAAGGGAAACAGGUCGCUCAACGAACUAAGGGGAACGUGAAGGCCUCAAGUAGUGGUCGAGCAGCAGAAGUUUUAGGUGCAUCAACUGGCGUUAUUGGGUUUGAAGCCUUAUCUGCAGACUCCGCUGAAGCUGGAGACAAUGGCAUGGAUGCUGAAUGGAAGCUCGCCUGCAAAAAACUUUCAAAGAAAGACGUAGUCACCCGAUUGAAGGGUCUUCAGGAAAUUUUAAACUUGAUGCCAGAUGCUCUCGAAGAAGCGCUUCUGGCAUUUUUAAAUGUGUGGCCCAAAUAUUUUGGGCGAUGCGCGCUGGACAACGACAAAAAACUGAGGGAAACCGCCCAUCGGGUUCAUGAGAAAUUGGUUUCUCGAUUAAAAAAGCGGAUCGCGCCUCAGCUGAAAAAUUUGAUGGGUCCGUGGAUCCUCGGAAUUUGCGACCAAUGGAACAAUGCUCAAACUGCGGCAUCCGAGUCGUUCGUUGCGGCGUUUCCUCCACACAAGCAGCGAGAAGCUGUUGUUUUCUGCUCAAAGGAGAGCUUCAAGUAUCUGCGAGAGAAUCUAUUUGCUCCUGUCGAUGCAUCGCAGUCCGGCUCUUCUGCGGACGAGAACGACGCGCAGUGGGAAUACAACGUAGUAUCCUCUCUUCGUGGAUUCGCCUGGAUGUCGAAAAUGAUAUUCUCGGAAGACGAUACUGGCCUUAACAGCGAAAAUUUUGAACCAGUGCUGCAAAGCUACCAAGAGCUAUUUCGUGAUCCUGCGUUCUGGGAAUUACCCAAGCGAAAAAAGCAUCCAUCGAUAAUUGGGACCUGGUUUUCUUUGAUGCAUCUCUUGUUGUCCCACGAUCUCUGCAAACUGACGUUGGAUGAAGCACAAAUUUCUCGAUUGCUGAAAUCCACUAUCAAUGCGUUAGAUAGCGAUGAUCCUGGGAUUGUGCAUGCUGUAUGGGCGUGCCUUGUGCAUUUCAUAACAAUUUACGAAAAAUGGACGGACUGCGGAAAUCCCGAAAGCGUCGUCGUUCCGAAGUUUUUAUCCUUUCUUCGCAAUGGUGGACGUGGGAGUUGUUCAUCCGUGUAUAGAUACGUUCCUCAGAUGUUCUCGGUGCUGAGAAAAUUUGUCAAAGAUGAGCAGAAAUUUGUCUCGGAGUACUUGCAGAAUUUGCGGAAAGGUUUAUUCUGUCAACGAGUAGCGUUGAGUCCGGUGGAUACGAGGACAGUGUGUAGAGCAUUCUUUGAAACGGUUGUUGCUCUUCGAUUGGAUACGACAUCGAUCCCAACUGUUGCCACCGAAACUGUGGUUUUGAUCGAGGAAUCUAUAUGUGAGGCGAGGUCGGAAAAUGCUGCAUCAGCUGUCGCAGCAGAACUUUCAAAAGUGUUGCGCGUAGAAGAUUCUUCGCAAGUUUGGGAACCACUGCGACUAGUUUUUGGAAGAGUCGCUCGUGAAGGACCCCCGAAGGCCGAAUUGCUUGGUGACAUCCUGCCUUUUUGCACUCCGCCGGAUUGUUUUCCGGUUAUGCUGGCGCUGCUCAAUGUCAAAGAUGUUUCUGAUGAAUCAUGGACGAUAUUUUUUCAGGCUCUCAAAGAGAAGAAAGCCCCGUUUCUGCUGGAGGCGACGCAGUCUUUGAUUUCGUUACACAAACGGAGUAAAUGUUCGGCUCUGGUCUUGCAAGAUUCGAGAUUCCAUACUUUGCUGAUGGAAAUUAUACAAGAAAUAAUCACGGAAGCAAAAACAAUAUCAUCUCGUCCCUCUGAAAGCACAGUUUCAUGUGAUACGGAAUCUGCGGGCGAAGAUACAAUAUCAGAGCUGGAUACGAGGAAGUUGAAAAUCAUUGAAACUGUGCUGGGUAGUAGAGGAACUUCAGUGUUCCCGACAGAAGUUACCGAAAAGUUGGUACAAAAGUUGUCGUCCGGGAUAGCCGAUUUGGCGUCUGAAGGGAAUGUUGAAGUUCUGAUUCAGUUUGCCUCGUGGCUAAGCUUGAAAGUGUCGCCUAAUCUGAUCUCCGUCCUGAGAAAAGAUGGCAGAAGUGUUGCAGAAGAUAUUGCUAUGAGUGUCUCGUUCCUCGGCUUGGAUAGCAAUCGUUUACUCAGUGAUCCCAAUGAUGGAAAAAAGGUUUUCAUGGCUGUUGAAGGGACCAUUGAAGCUAUUCUGAACUGCGAGACCGCCAGAGAUGGUUUUGUCACCCGCUUGCUUUCGCGACUGGAAGCUUCGAUGGAGAUUUUACGAGAAAAAUCGUUUUCCCAUCGCAGAGCGAUCAAUUCUCUCGUUGACAUCGCAUUCAUCGUCACAAAGCAUCUUCCAACGAAUGAGCGACGAACCGAGUUCGCUUAUAACUUAGUCGAAAUUUGCGGCGAGAGAAUGGACCUCGAGUCGUUCUGUUGCGAUUGCGUCGCGUUUAGCUGGGUUGAUUCCCACGGUCUGCCGUUUUAUUCAGAAAAAUUAAUUCAAAAGCCGGAACUUUUGAAAAUGCCUGUGGCGUCCGCCUUCGUUCUUGGCUACUUGAAGCAAGUCACAGAAAGGACGACUGCGGAAGAACACGAUUCAGAGACUAUCAUUGUUUCCUGGAAGGAACUCGGAGUCGCCUGUGAAGAUCAGUUGACGAAAGUGAUAGCUGUGUCUUGGGUCGCAUUGCAAUACGUGAAUAGCCUUUCAUACCUCUGGCGGUUAACGGCUCCGGUGAACUGGUUAAAGGAAUUGAAUGAUCUGGCGAAGUCGAUGAAAAAUGAUUGCGCGGCGAUUUUGGCCGAUGUCUUCUUGUCAAACGAAGUGAAGCUUCUCGCCUUUGAGAAGGUCAUCACCAUGGCAAUGGAACCAGGACAUUGGUUGGUGAAUGGCUUGGCAUCUUUAUCACUAGGUGCCGUGCAAGAUCAGGCAAAUGACGACGCCGUAGCAAAGCUUUGCGUCAUGGCUGCGGAAGUCAUGAAGAAGCUCCGUUUGAAUGCGAUUCCUACUGCAGAAUUAUCUUCCGUCAUUUCCGCCCCGUUUCGUCAUGUGAUAGCCGGGUUGAUUCUUUCUCCGGAAGAACGAAUCUUGGGAUUGAAGAACUCGUUGAGGUUUGAGGUGAAUACGGUAGAUAUUCAGUUGGACUUCUUCGCGGAACAUGUUGCGUCAGGUGCGACUUUCUAUGGCGGUAAGGAUUCUCCCCUAGACAAAGACACAGCGAUUAUGGUGCUCGAAAAAUUGACUGAAGUUUGGGACAAAAUCAUGCCUCGAAACAACCGAAGAAGCUUGACAAGGAACUCAACUUUUGAGGAGAUCAAGUGUCAUUUCGCCUUGUGCACUUCGAUGGAAAAAAUCGUCUGUCAAUGGACGACGUGGGAUCUGGAGCUUGAGUCCGUGUUUCAGAAAGUCUUUCUCAUCACUGCACGAUGGAUGGCUGAACUCAACAGUUAUUUUACUGCUGACACCUGGGAAAACAUAGGAAAAAAUGAACUCUGGUUGAUUAUUUUCGGAACUGAGGUUUACAAGCUGGUGUGGAAGCUCACUGAGACGAUGCAGCAUCAGUUCGAUAAUGUGAAAUCAAUUUUGAGUGAAACGCCGGGAUUCAUCUCCCGCGUCUUUUGCAAAGUGUGGAGUGAAACCGCCGACACUUAUUAUGCUGUCAUUUAUCCUGCGUUUUUGAAGCUUGCCGCAACGAUUCCGCAACACGGAAGUCAAAGAGAAGAGGUUGUGGAUUUGGUUGACGGCCUCCGAGAUGCGUAUGUUGGUGCAAUUUGUGGCGCUGUUGGAGUCAUGCCUCUGAGAUAUCUCGAAAGGAACUCUGUGUUCUUGGACGGUCCAGAGGGGCCAAUGAAAUUUUCGCGAGAAUUGAUGCCACUCCUCGUAUCUUCGAAUCACUGCGUCCAGGAAACCGCGUUUUCUUUGCUGAACAAGUACAUGUCUUGGUUAGCCUGCAAUGUGUCUCACAUACCGGCAGUGCAGUCCACUGUGGGUCUGGAUGUGGAAUACGAAGGAGAUCCCCCAGUUUUCAAGCAUCCACCGACGGAAUUGCUUGAGACGAUGAGGAGUACCAGGGAAGUGGUUGAUGCCAUGUUGAUGGAUGUCAGAGUUGGAGAUGGAGUGUGUCUAGUCCAGCCUUUCACCGACAGUUACACAUACGCGAGAGGAUACUUGCUGAGCUGGAAUUUGUGGAUGAAUCUCUGGUCGAAAGUUCCCGAAGUGGUGAAGGAGUCCUUCAUGGAAGGCAUCCAAUUCGGUUCCACGGUUUAUCCUUGUUCUCUGCUUCAACACAAGGAGUUUGAAAAGCUGGGGAAUAAUUUGUUCCGUCUCAUGCCACCCACGGCGGAGUUUUCCGAUGCGUGUUGGAAAGCGAAUGUCCGGGCUUGUGCCGAAACGAGCAGAGAUGACGUGGGUAGCAUGGUUAGAACACCUAUGCCACCAUUCGACGUCGUGGUGUCAGUGCUGCCGAAGAGUGAUACCAUAGCGCAUUGCGCAUGCAGAACGUAUCUGUGCGCAUUGAGUGAAUUUCCAGUUUUUAUGAGACAGUGGUUCAUGGGCCUGUCGAAUGCUAGUAUACAGAAUGAAGUGUCUCAAUUCACGACACGGCACAUUUCGCCAUUAAUAUGGUCGAAGGAGCUGAAAAUCAUUCAGAAGGAAGCUAAGCGGCUCCAGAAAGAAUCGAAAAAAGCGACUGAAACUGGGGCCGGCGCAGCUGGUGAUUCAUCAAUUCGGGCACGGGAGACUGUCAGGGAAAUUGUCGUAGUCCACACUGUGGAUGAGAAUCUCCUGGAAUUGGUUCUGACUGUACCUGCCAAUUUCCCGUUGACGCCGGUGCAAGUGGAUGCCAGCAAACGUUUUGGAGUUUCCAAGCAAGUCUGGUCAAGAUGGGUCAUGGAGCUGAGCAUGCAUUUGACGCAUCGACGAGCUUCAAUUUUGGAGUCGAUUGAUAUAUGGAAGAAGAACGUCGGGAAGCGGUUUGAAGGCGUCGAGGAAUGUUAUAUUUGCUACAACAUUUUACAUGGAACUACAAACGAGCUCCCAAAGAAAGCGUGCAGAACAUGCAAGAAAAAGUUCCAUUCGGGAUGCUUGGUGAGUUUGUAUGAAUCUUACGAUUUUGCUUCGUGA